GUGGCCUCAACGACAUUUCCCAGCCUUGUAUUUAAAGCUUCCUGCUUGUGACUGGCACAAUGAACCUCGACCCACACUACUGUACUCUACUCUGUGUGACAGCAACGAAAUGACCAACAAUAUGUCAGUGGACAAGACAUUAUGAUGAAUGUUUACCGUUCGCUGAUGUAUUUCCUAUUAUGGCUGCUGCAGUUUGAAGAAUCUUCAGGUUCUGGCCUGUCAUUUCCGAAUAAUGCUGAUGACAUUGUCACCGUAGCUGCGAACUCGGUUGUCCGGAUACCGUUUGCCAUGGACAGCGUGGAGACCAUGACCAAGGAACUUCUGUUGGCAGUGGACAGGGUCUUCAGCAUCAACAACACAACAGAAAGACUGUGUACAAUCAUCUACACACCCGAUGCCAAGUCAUACUGGGUAUCAGAUGCCAGGACCAACUGCAGACAGUGCGGGACCUGUGCCGCUUCUGUUCUCGAUGAACGUGUCUCGUCAGGAUGAUGGCGCGAGACUGACGUGGAGAGGGGCGUGGCGUGGAGCGUCAGCCAGAACGUUUGUAAUCAACGUCACGUACUCCACAGAAAUCGUCAGCCUGACCUUUGACCACGAGCCGUCAGCAGUGACAGCGACUGUGGACCAAAGUUCAUCAGUAGGUUUGAACUGUGUCUGGAACCAUGGUAACCCGCCCCAGACGGUCCGCCUCCUGGACAGACGGCGACAGGUGAUGAAGACUUCUGAUCUCUACUCCACUGUCAACUACCUGAAGCACACCUGGCAGUCAGUGACGUGUGACGAUGCUGGUGUCGUCACUUGUGAAGAUGGGGUAGCGGACGUCAACAAGAGCGUGAGACUAUUGGUCCGCUGUAAACCAGAAUUCCUGACGGACCGUAAACAUCAGAAUUUUUCCAUAAAUAAACGAAACCAGGCUACAAGGUUAUACUUCCGUGCGAGAACACAUUCAUUGCUGAUAGCAGAUUGUCAGAUGAAAAAACUACAAUCAGCUUCAGACACAACCUCAAGCUUCUCUAGGGAACGGACACCUUCACGUGUUCUUGGACCGGAGAGCUCCCUGACCUGACCCUGACCCUAGUUCUUUUUCACAUCACUCCUUCUGACAACGGGUUAUGGCGCCUGGAACUCACUAAUGAACUUGGAACCGGCAUGAUCACUUUCACCAUCAUGUUA